AUUCACAAUCUUUCAACAGUUCACAAUUUCGCGAGAUAGAUUAUAACCUAACGUUAGGUAUUUAAAAUUUUACGGUGACAUAGCUGACGUAACGUAGAAAAAUUUUGAUUCGCAAAUUAAUAGAUUAACAGGAUAAUUUUAAUGUGAAAUUUUGCUUCUAUCAUGCUAACUUUUGUAGUUACUUACGUAUAGAUAACUAGACCUACAGUUGAAGUGAAAAACACGUCUAAUGGAAUUUCUGGCAGCUGCUGAAUAUUUGAGCGUUGAUCCAUAUAUGAGAGCGUACGCUCCUAGAGUUAAAACAGGAAAGACAUUUAUGGGCUCACAAAUAGCUAAAAUUUUAGAAAGUAAAAAUCCAGAUUUUCCAGAAGGAAAGUAUAUAGUAGGAGAAUAUGGCUGGAGAACGCAUACAGUAUCAAAUGGAAAACCAUUGGCAAAUGGUGUACCAUCAGCUUGGUUGAUACCAGAUUUAGGAAAUCUUCCCAUUUCAUUAGCUUUAGGUGUAUUAGGAAUGCCAGGGAAUACGGCAUAUUUUGGUUUAUUAGAAAUUUGUAAGCCAAAAGCAGGAGAAACAGUUAUAAUAACUGGAGCUGCAGGAGCCGUAGGAAGUCAUGUAGGUCAAAUUGCCAAAAUUAAGAGAUGUAAAACAAUUGGCAUUGCAGGAUCUGACGAAAAAGGAAAGUGGUUAGUACAAGAACUUGGAUUCGAUCACUUUAUCAAUUACAAAACUGAUAAUGUCAAAGCGAAGUUGAAGGAAUACGCCCCAAAUAAAAUUGAUUGUUAUUUUGAUAACGUGGGUGGUGGAAUAAGUUCUCUAAUAAUGAUGUAUAUGAAUUUAUUCGGAAGAAUAUCUGUUUGUGGAGCUAUUUCUGGAUAUAAUGAGACAGAGUUACCGAAAGCACCCAUUGUUCAGUAUCCAAUGACGUUCAAUCAGCUGAAAAUGGAAGGAUUCAUUGUUCACAGAUGGUUGGAUAGAUGGUUGGAAGGAAUUGAGCAAAAUAAAAAUUGGAUUCAGGAGGGAAAGUUGAAAUACCCAGAAACGGUGACUAAUGGCUUUGAAAAUAUGUACGAAGCUUUUACGGAUAUGUUGCGAGGUGGUAAUAUUGGGAAAGCUAUAGUUAAAGUUUAAUUAUGGAAAAUAUAAUGUUUGUUCAAAAAUUUUCUUCAAAAUUAAAAGAUAUGUGAAUCGUGUACGAUUGCAAACAAAAUUUGAUUAUUACUUGUGUUUUGAAUCAACAUACUGUCAGUAUUGAUAUAUAUUUUUAUAAUAAAUAUGUUUAUAUUGUAA